AUGGCCAUGCGGGGAGCCCGGAGAGCGAAGCAGCAGCAGCAGCAGCAACAGCAGCAGCAGCAGCAGCAACACGGCGGAGACUCUUUUUUGCGAGAGCGCCUGGACGCGACCGGGGCCGACGGGCUCGUGCCAGCUCUACAGAGUCUCAGCAUCUUGUGCGACAGCCGACGCGUCAGUACCCUCUGGGCCUCGCAGCUCACUGAGGGGCCCCAGGGGGGCCCCCUAGUUGGUUUGCUGCAGCAGGUUUUAUCUCAAGAUGACCACAGAGGCACCCAACAAGCAGCACUUUCGCUUCUUUGCGCCCUAGCAGCAGGGCCUCCGCAGCAGGAAGACGCUGCUGCGCUGCUGCUGCCUCUUGCUGCUUCGAUCUUCAGCAGCAGCAGCAGCUUUGACAUUCGCCGGGAUUCUGGAGAAACUUUGCUGCACUUGGCCUUCAACAACGGCUGCCGCCACCUGCAGCAAGUUCUAACAACAACCCCACCAGUUUUGGAGGCCGUCUUGGACACUCUGCAGCACUGCAAAUACGACUUGGCUUCCGUCAUGAUCGCUCUGGACUUCAUUUCUGCUGUUCUGGAAAAGGAGCCAAAAACCCGCGCUGAGAUUUACGCCAUGGGUGGCAUUGAGAAGCUGGAAGGAGUGCAGUUUCUUCACAGCGAGGCGAUCGACAAGAGGGUUUCUUUUCUCAUCUCCAAGUACUUCGACAAUUUCAGCGAUGAGGAAGGGGAAGGGCCCUCUUCGUUCUCCGGCAACUUCACAGCAGCCUCCUAG